GCACUCAAGGCGAACCAAAGAGAUAUAAUAUAGAUAUCAUAUGAAUGCAAAUAACUCUGCGAGGCGUGAGUGGAAAGUUCCUGCGGUCUGGUGUGCGACAUGCGGACUUCAUUCGGAAAAAUCUGCGGUUGGAAGGUGGAUCUGGUGGACCAAACUUGCCGUUACAUUCCUUGAAUUGCACUCCACAGAAGCCGACGUGAAGUUUUCUUCACUUGUUCCCUGGGUUUCCACAGGAUAACGUUACUCAAAUGGCAGCAACGCCGUGAGCCGGUUCGGUUUGCUCGGACCAGUCCCUAUUAAUAAUGUAUGAUCAGGAUCGUAGAGACUGAGCGUUUAUAAAGACUGGGUAGGCCAUUUUUUCGUUAGGAUCCAUCCAUCUCUCUUUAUUCUAGAUACCCCUCACAUUAUUCAAAAUCUUCCCAACCAUGAGCCUUACGUAUGACGUGUUCCGUGGCUCUGCCGAGGGCCGCAUUGUCGCUGACAAGGCUUCGUCCACCCUUGGACACAAUGAGGUCUUCAUUGAGACCACCCACUCUGGUCUUUGCGGCACAGAUGAGCACUACCUCAAGACCAACCAGGUGCUCGGUCACGAGGGUAUUGGAAUCGUCAAGUCUCUUGGCCCCGGUGUUACCUCCGUGAAGGUUGGAGACCGUGUUGGAUUCGGAUACACCCACAGCAUCUGCACUUCCUGUGACAACUGCGCUACUGGCUGGGAUCAGUACUGCGAGAACCAGAAGCAAUACGGUUUCCACGACUUCGACAACGGAACCUUCAGCUACGGUGCUGUCUGGGACGCCAACUGUGUCUACCCCAUUCCCGAUGGCUAUGACUCCGCGUAUGCUGCUCCUCUCAUGUGCGCCGGUGCUACUGUCUGGACUGUCUUGAGCGAGUAUGGCAUUCGUUCGACUGACCGCGUCGCCGUCAUGGGCAUUGGCGGUCUUGGUCACGUUGCCAUCAAGCUGGCUGCUGCCAUGGGCUGCCACGUCGUUGUCCUUUCCAGCUCUGAGUCCAAGCGCCAGGAAGCUAUGGACUUUGGUGCUUCUGAGUUCCACGUUUUCAAGUCUGGUGAUGCCGUUCCUGAGGGCUUCAAGCCCGUCAAGCACCUCUUGCUUUGCGGCAAUGCCGGUGUUGAUUACCCUUCUCUCAUUCCCCUGAUGGCUACCCACGGUAGCAUCUACCCUCUGACUGUGGCUUUCGAGCCUGCUAAGGUGCCCAUGCUCGGCCUCGUGUGGAGAGGUGUCCGCAUCCAGGGUUCCCUGGUUGCUUCCCGCCAGAGCAUCCGCAGCCUUCUCGAAUUCGCUGCCAGGAAGAAGAUCUACCCCACUAUCAUGACCUUCCCCUUGAACAAGGAGGGUAUUGAGGAAGCCAUGCAGACCCUGCGCGAGGGCAAGAUGAGAUACCGUGGUGUGCUGGUUCGCCAGUAGACACUAUCACGAUAUCUUUUCCUUUCCCUAUUAUUACAACCUGUAGUACUAGUCACGA